GUGCUCUAGUGUUUGGGGUGUGUGAUAAGAAAAGACAUUGUAUGGAGAGUGAUGGCGUCUGCUGAUCUGAGGAAAGAGCUGGAAUGUUCCAUCUGUCUGGACAUUUAUACAGAUCCUGUAACCCUGAAAUGUGGACACAACUUCUGCCGGGAUUGUAUUGGUCGUGUGUUGGAUACACUGGAGGGGUCUGGAGGUUAUUCCUGUCCUGAAUGUAGAGAAGAGUUCCAGGAUCGCCCUGCACUGCGAAGGAACAUAACGCUGCGUAACAUAGUGGAGAAUUUUGUGUCUUCUCAGCCAGAUCAGGAGGAGUCCGGGGUCUUCUGUACUUACUGUAUUCACACUCCUGUACCUGCUGUGAAAUCAUGUCUGCAUUGUGAUGCUUCUCUGUGUGACAAUCACCUGAGAGUCCACAGCAAGUCACCAGAACAUGUCUUGUGUGACCUCACCACUUCCCUGGAGAACAGGAAAUGCUCCGUCCAUAACGAACUACUGAAGUAUUACUGCACUGAGGACUCCACCUGUAUCUGUGUGUCCUGCAGGCUGGAUGGAGAACAUCAGGGACACCAGGUGGAGACUCUGGAUGAGGCCUCUGAGAUAAAGAAGAAGAAACUGAGAAAUGUUCUGCAGAAACUGAUGACCGAGAAAAAGGAAACCAUGAAAAGAGUCCAGAGUCUGCAGAAACGCAGGAGGAAAGUACAAGGAAAAGCAGAUGAUGAAACAGAGAGAGUCACUGCCCUGUUCAGAGACCUCAGGAGAUGUGUGGAAGACCUGGAGAAGAGAGUCCUGAGGGAGAUCUCUGGGCAGGCAGAGCGGGUCUCUCUAUCACUGUCUGAUAUGAUCCAACAGCUGGAAAUAAAGAAGGAGGAGCUGUCCAGGAAGAUGGUGGACAUUGAGGAGCUGUGUAACAGGACGGAUCCACUGACUGUUCUACAGGAAUCGGACACAGGUGACUUGUGUAAUACUGAGGAUGGAGAUAAUGAAGACAGAGAGAGACAUGAUAAACUCCUCCAUGAUGGAGGGGAUCUGGAUGUGGCGGGGAUCUCACACACAUUACACAAAGGUUUAUCUGAUAUCAUGUCUGGGGUAAAUGUACAGAAAUGUACAGACACAGAGGUCUAUCCACGUUCUACUACAAAGGGCAAAGGUCACUUCAAUGCUGCACCAUCCAGGAGACGUCCCCAAAACUCCCCCACCAUACAACACUCACACCACCAGACUGGAGGACCAAAUAUUGGGGCUGUACAGCAAACAUUUGGGGUGUCGAGGGUUACAGACAUAUUACUGGAUGUGAGAACAGCUGGUCAUGGUCUACAUAUAUCAGAUGACAGGAAAACAGUAUCCUGGUCAUUAUCACCUCAGAAUCUACCAGAAACACCAGAUAGAUUUCAGUAUCCUCAGGUGUUAAGCAAUCAAAGUUUCUCCUCAGGGCGACAUUACUGGGAAGUGGAUGUUGGGGGAUCAGUGCACUGGAUAGUCGGGAUGUGUUACCCCAGUAUAGACAGAAGAGGAGAGCAGUCAUGGAUUGGAUGUAAUAAGAAGUCCUGGAGUUUGGGGAGGGGGUGGGGUAAUCAGUACUCAGUGGUACAUGACAGUAAUCAGAUCAUAUUACCCGGCAAUGUCUCCAGUAACAGAGUCAAGAUAGAUCUGGAUUAUGAGGCUGGGAGGAUCUCGUUUUAUGAUCUGUGUGACCCGAUCCGACAUCUCCACACCUUCACCACCACCUUCACUGAGCCCGUCCAUGCUGUGUUAUGUGUAUGGAAAGGUUCUGUAAAGAUAUCUGGGGGGAAUCAGAGAUGAUAAAUCAGCCCGGAGACUGGGGACAUUACAGGGUGGAGAAUCUUGGAGAAAAACUCAGCCAAGACAAGAGGAGGAAGCAGUGGACAAGAACCACUAUUCCUUAUUUAUUUAUAAAGUUGCAGGCUCCGGGGCCGUCGUCUUCAUCCUAAACCUCACUUCACUACCUAGAGUAAGAAUCUUCAAACUAUGGCGCUCCAGCUGUUGCAGAACGUCCUAUGAGGCAUUGUAUAACUCUGACAUUCAUAGACAUGACUAGGCAUGGAAAAUUGUAGUUCCUGAACAACUGGAGGGCCAUAGUUUGAAGACUCCUGACCUAGGGUGUCACAGACCAAGAACAUGCAUGCAAGAUUUUUCUAUGCUUGUUCUAGUUUAGUGAAAGACUACCGUAUAUAGAGAUGAUAGCCCUUUAACCUGCACAUGUAAAGUGUAUCUAUAGCCAAAAUGUUUUUUUUGUUUGUUUUUUUGGAUGGAGUCAGGAAGGAUUGGAACCUCUCAGGUUUUUUAAUAUUAUUCAGGGCUCAUCAAAAUAUUUCUUCCACUUCCAGCGCUGACAACAUUCUAGCAGAUAGGGAUGAGGAGAGCUCUCCGACUGCAACACAGAUGGAAAUAAAAAAAAAAUUCUUUAGUAAAAGGAAGGUUAUAACCCAUGUCAGGUUUGUAAUUUUUUUUAUAUGUCCUUGUUUCAGUUUUUUCUUCAUUUCCUGUCUGGUAAAAUGUUGUUUCCAGGACAGGAAGUGGGAAUGGUCUCUCUAAUAGAGCCUUGGAUAGCAAUACAAUUCUGACAGGGGUUCUAAUCCUCCCCCACUCCAUCUAAAAUCCAAAAAAUAGGUUGGGUCUAGACACACUUUAAUAUCCACAAUGAUAAUUCCUAAAUUUCUGUUGGACAAGCUAAUAAGGUGUUCAGAGAUAACAGAAAUGAAUGUCUCUUGUUAUUAAUGAUGUUUUCCUUGUUUAAAUUUAAUAAUGACGUGAUAUGUAAAAUGUUUGUUUGGGACUGUCCUAAAUGACAACGGUCUAGGUUUGGAGAGUAAAAUUAUUAUUAU